CUCCCCAUUAUUGCUCUGUCUGCCGACAGGAAACCAUCCAGCAGCUUGACAGCGAGCUGAGGAACACCAAGUGGGAGAUGGCAGCUCAGCUCCGGGAGUACCAGGAUCUGCUCAAUGUCAAAAUGGCCCUGGACAUCGAAAUUGCUGCCUACAGAAAGCUCCUGGAAGGGGAGGAAUAUCGGCUCGAGACUGGCAUUGGGAUGCUCUCCUACCCCGAGGUGGUCCCCAAGCCUCCCAGCAUCCCCACCAGCAUCAAGGUGAAGAGUGAGGAGAAGAUCAGGGUGGUGGAAAAAUCAGAGAAGGAGACGGUGAUUGUGGAGGAGCAGACGGAGGAAAUCCAGGUGACCGAGGAGGUCACAGAGGAGGAGGAGGCUGAGAAAGAGACUGAAGAGGAAAAGCCUAAAGAGAAGGAGAAGGAGGGGGAGGAAGAAGAAGAGGAGAAAGCUGAAGAAGAGGGUGAAGAAAAGGCCAAGUCUCCUGCAAAGGAGGAGGCCAAGUCCCCAGAGAAACCUGAGUCCCCCUCCAAGGAGGAGGCCAAGAGCCCAGAGAAACCUGAGUCCCCCUCCAAGGAGGAGGCCAAGAGCCCAGUUGUGAAAUCCCCAGAAAAACCUGCAACCCCCUCAAAGGAGGAGGCCAAGAGCCCGGCUGUGAAGUCCCCAGAGAAAGCCCCGACGCCCUCAAAGGAGGAAGCCAAGACUCCAGCUGCCAAAUCCCCUGAAAAGCCACCAACACCCUCAAAAGAGGAGGCCAAGACCCCGACAGUGAAAUCCCCAGAGAAACCCACACCUCCCCCAAAAGAGGAGGCCAAGACCCCGACUGUCAAGUCCCCAGAGAAAGCCCCAGCCCCCUCCAAAGAGGCCAAGAGCCCAGCUGUGAAGUCCCCAGAGCCACCUGCAACUCCCUCAAAAGAGGAAGCCAAACCCCCAUCUGUCAAAUCCCCAGAGAAGCCCCCAAGCCCCUCAAAGGAGGAGGCCAAGCCCCUGGCUGUGAAGUCCCCAGAGAAAGUCAAAUCUCCUGUGAAGGAGGAGGCCAAGUCUCCACAGAAGGAAGUGGCCCCAGCCAAGGAGCCAAGCCCUGCUCCCAAGGAGCCAAAGGCCAAGGAGGAGCAGCCCAAGGAGGUGAAGGCUCCCUCCAAGCCUGAGGAGGGUAAGAAGGAGGAAGCUCCCAGGAAGGACAUCCCGGCCAAGGCAGAGGAGAAACCCAAAGAGAAGGUGGCUGCUGUGCCAGAGCCUCCAGCUCCACAGGCCAAAGAGACCAAGCCCAGCCCCAAACCUGCCAAAGAGGGAAAAGCUGAGGAAGCUCCAGCAAAACCUCAGGAGGUCAGCAAAGCGGCCACCAAAGAGGCUGAGAAGAAGGCAGAGGAGCCCAAGAAGGAAAAGGCAGAGGAGCCCAAGAAGGAAAAAGUGGAGGAACCCAAACCCAAGAAGGAGAAGGUGGAGGAACCCAAGAAGGAGAAGGCAGAGGAACCCAAGAAGGAGAAGGCAGAGGAGUCCAAGAAAGUGGAGGAACCCAAAGCUAAAGCAAAACCCAAAGAUGAGCCCAAAGCCAGUAAGGAGCCCCCCAAAGCUGAGGCUCCCUCCAGCAAGGAGGGCACAGCCCCGGAGGCAGGGAAGAAGUGAUGGAAGAGUCCCGGGCGCCAAAGGCACCUCCGGGCACGGGAGCUGCUCCGCUCCCCCCGAUGGCUGGGCCCGGGGUGGGACCCCAGGGACCCCCAGGGACCCCCCAGGCCAGGCUUUCCCUUAGCAAUAGGCCGUGAGAGCCCCUCGGGUGGGCAACUGCUUCCCUCGCAGAACGUGAUAUUCGCCGAGCGCCACAUUUAAACACUUGAAUAACCCAGGAGAGAGGAGGGGGGACCCCCAGGGAACCCCCCCACCACCCUUCUCCUCUAAGUGCAUUUAUUUAAUGUAUGUGCAAUGGAUGGAUGAGUGCAAUGCAGAGCUGUAGCUGCUUGGGGGGCUGGCGGGGUCCUGCCCUGCCCUGGGGGUGACAGUCCCUCCGGGCAGAGCUGGGAGAGGCUGGGAGCUGCUGGAAUGCUCACAGACACACACGGUGCACCAGGAACCUCAGCCCACUGAUCUUUGCUUUCUGUGCAAUAACCAAAUAAAAGUGCU